AUAACAAACGGUCCGAACGACGAAAAAUCAAUAUUAGACUGAUUAAAGAACCAGUAAAGUGAAUGUUCUGAGUCCCAACGACGCAUUAUGGGCGAUAGAUAAUGACGUUGUCAUCACUGAUUAAUCAGUUUGUCCCAGAAAUUACUGAUCGAUGAUGUUUUUCAACUCAUAAUACAUCAGUAGGCAGAAGUCUUUGUUAAUGUAUGUAACAACACUUGUAGUUACAGCAAAAAGACGGUAACCGGUUUUUCCGAGAUGAAAAUUCAAAUUCUCGAACAGUAUAAAUCGUGUACAUUGCUUCAGGAAAUGUGAUCAACAUCACUAGAGAUGCACAAACAAAUGCCUUGUUUCGAGAUUUCAAAGAAAUAAUUGAGGAUGUCGACCCUGGACUACCUCGCAGCUCUCCUAGCCCUCGCUGGACUCCUCUACUACUGGUCAAUCUCAACCUUCUCCUUCUGGAAGGACCGCGGAGUCCCCGGACCCAAGCCCCUCCCGCUCAUUGGUAACUUCAAGGACGUCCUAACAGACAGAAUAUCCAUUGGCCCUUGGCUCUUGAGCUUCUACACUGGUUACCAGAAUGAGCCAAUGGUGGGUAUCUUCAUCCGCCGUCAACCAGUCCUAGUCCUCAGGGAUCUGGACCUCAUCAGAGACAUCUUCAUCCGGGACUUUUCAAAGUUUCCGGAUCGCGGAAUUCAGGUCUUUGAGAAGGCCGAUCCCCUCUUCCAACACUUGUUCAAUCUCGAUCAUUCAAAAUGGCGGCCAUUGAGGAAUAAGCUAUCCCCGGCCUUCACCUCAGGAAAAUUGAAGGACAUGUUCUACCUUCUGCUGAACCGUGGAGAUCAUCUCCAAGAAUAUGUGGACAAAUUGAUUGCUAAAAGUGAUUCGAUUGAGGUGAGGGAUCUCACGGCUAGAUUUACAACUGAUGUCAUAGGAUCCUGCGCAUUUGGUCUCGAGAUGCAUGCGAUGGACGACGAAAACAGCGAAUUCCGAAAAAUGGGAAAAUACGUUUUCGAUUUUGACUGGAAGAGGGUGCUGAAGUUCAGGAUAAGGGAAGGUGCUCCCUGGUUGUACCAUCUCCUGUGGCCCAUCAUGAGAGACAACUAUCUCACGGACUUCUUCAUGAACACGAUGAAGGCUACAAUUGAGCACAGAAGAAAGACUAAAAUAGUCAGGCACGAUUUUAUCGAUCAGAUUAUCGAGAUUCAGGAUCAUCCGGAGAGGAUUCCAGAGGUGAAGCUGACGGAUACGCUUCUGACUUCUCAGCUAUUCGUGUUUUUCUUGGCGGGAUUCGAGACCUCCUCGACGACGAUUAGUAAUGCUCUUUAUGAGCUAGCGCAGCAUCAGGAUUGCCAAGAUAGGUUGAGGGAGGAGAUCAGGGAGGUGAUGAAGAGGGAGGGAAAACUGACGUAUGACGUGGUGCAGAAUAUGAAAUAUCUGAAUAUGGUAUUUCAAGAAACAUUGAGAAAAUAUCCACCUGUAAUGGUCCUAGUCAGACAAAGUGAUGCACCGUACACCUUUUCCAACACAUCUGUGUCAAUCCCAGCGAAUACACUCAUUAUGAUUUCGGCGAUGGGUAUCCACAGAGACCCUGAGAUCUAUGAAGAUCCAGAGAAAUUCGAUCCUGAGAGAUUCACGGAAGAAGCUUUCAAGUCUCGUCAUCCGAUGAGCUAUCUCGCGUUUGGUGAUGGACCACGAAAUUGCAUUGGCGAACGCUUCGCUAAGCAACAAACAAAGAUUGGCCUCAUCAAAAUCCUGGAAAGUUUCAGAGUGGAUGUGAACGACAAGACCGAGAUACCUUACAAGGUCAACCCCAGAGGCUUCCUCCUAGCUCCUCUCAACGGGAUUUAUUUAAAGUUCACGAAAAUUUAAGCUGUCUCUAAUUUUUCCUAAUAAAUGAGCCGAAGGUUUUUUCACGUCUCGAAA